AUGUUCGGUAAACUGCAUCUGCUCCUUGCUACGACUUGUAUCCUUGCUUUGAUUGUGCAGGGGUACUCGGAAUGCCCUAUUGCAAAAUGGGGACAUACAACUUCGGAUAUAUCAAUCAUUGGCCCCCUGGUGAUCGAUGGGAACAACCGUGAAAUCGACCUUAAAAUACCUUAUCCCCAACUCCUAGGCUGUGACGUAGUUGGCGUCAGUGCCUUCACUUGCGAUUACGGUUUAGACACCAAGUUGCACUUUGUUGAACGCUUCACCGUUCAUGUAAGCCGCAAACACGGAUUCGCUUCAACUUUGUACGGCAUUGCAUACUGCUCGCCGGUGGUUCCCCAUCCUUCUCAUGCAGCAAAUGUGCCGAACAACUUGCAGCUGGGACUUAAAAGUAUUGCUCGGCCGCUAGUAGGCUACAAUCAUUAG